AUGAAUAGGCCGCGGAGCCCCAAGGGGCGGCGGCUCCUCCUCCCCCCGGUCGAGGGCAAGGAGGAGCUCCCCGAGAAAUCAGAGGUGGAGGAGGCAGAUCAAGAGGACCGAGAGAUCGCCGCUCCGGAGGAGGAGGAGGAGGCCGAGGCUUCCGACGAGGAGGCCUCGGCCGAAGAUGACGACGGGGACGACGCCCCGAAAGAGAAGGAGAGCGAGGAGAAUCCGAAAGGAGGGAGCUCCGUGGAGAAACAGGGCGUGCCCAAGAGGAGGAGGAAAUCGAGCGCGGCGAAGGAAGAUCCGGCGACGCCCGGAAUCGAGCGGCCCACCAGAGAAAGGACAUCGGUGGAGCGGUGUUCCGCUCAUGCCCUCGUCAGGACGCCCUCCAGCAAGGGCUUCUCCAUCGAAAAGGGUCGUGGUAUACAGCUUAAGGACAUUCCCAAUGCGCGAAUCCAGGUGCCCCAUGGUAAUCAUAUAUCAGGACAAGUUCGUUUAACAAAUACUCCCUCUGUGGAGAUUAAUGGCGAUCACUUGCUUCAAGAGGUUACUAGAAGCAGAAGACCAGUGUAUGAUUUGGACGAGAGGAACUGUCUUGGUAUGUCAAAUCUGGGGACUUCACCUACAACCAUUGACAUGGAGAAGGUUAGAAGGUUUGGUUGCUAGACUUGGUGGAGCCAAGAACAUAUUCUAUGAACUUUUUUAUGAUAACAAGGCUGAUAACGCCUUUUGGUUGGAUAGUUCCUCAAUCGAGAAGGUCUGUCUUGAAAAGGAAGAAUGCACCUUUCAGUUUGGUUCUUUAUUUAUGUCAUUCUUGUGGAAA